AUGGCAUCACGCAUCACCCCGGUGUCCGAGUCUGCAGCCGCUCUUCCCGAAGCUCGGAGCCAUUCACCCUGGCGACGAUCGGCUUGUGAUCGAUGCAGAAGCCAGAAGCUCCGUUGCACACGCAAGAAAGAGGACGACACAAGCACCCCGUGCACAAGAUGCCUUCGUAUUCGAUUUCCUUGCUUUACCAGUCCGGCCAAGCCACCGGGCAGGCUUGCACACAGAAGAGCCCAAGCAGCAAACAAUGCAUCCCUCUGCGAUGUUGCUCAACAUCAACCACCUUUCGUGUCCUUACCUGGCAGUGGAUAUUCCAUGACCUCGGGAGACCAGAUGGCUUGCGGUAACCCUCUAUAUGCUCCAUGGCCCUACACUCAGCAGGGGUCUGAGCAUCCGCUGGUGAUGGAGGAUAGCUCCAUGAUCAUCCCUUGGGCAGAUGCGAGUCACGCCAUCGACGCCUUUGACUUUUCUGUUCACAGUAACACACUGUUGAUGGACACUCACACUUUACGCGGCAACCACCACAUCCACCCCUCGACACAACAUCAGACGUCCACCAUGUCUCUUCCAUCACCUCCCGAGUAUCAACCCUUCAACCCAGAGGAUGGCUUUACCAUGAAGCCCAUUCCGACACACAAAUCCUCCCGCCAGGGAGACCCAGGGGUCUUGCUUGCAAGCCUACAACAAAGCCUCUCAAAGCAGCUCCUCCACACAAAGUCCCUGCCUCGAGACUUUAGCAUCCUCGAUACUCUUCUACCGGACUCAACCAAGCCCACCGACGGUUUCGACCCUUUAUCCUCAGUCCUGAGCAGCACCUCUGAGCUGAUCGAAAUCUCGCAACUAUUCCAUCGACCUACAGACGAAAACAGCCACAAAAGAUCACCCAGCAUCGCCGAUGACAGUGUUCAGGGCGCAUCACGAUGGCCAUCACCCGCCUCGAGCUCUUCUCAGAUUCCCAGCCAGGGGUACUCUGCGGGCUCAUCAACGGCAGCAAGCUCCCCAUCAUCAUCCACCAUUGUUGACCCAGCAUUGGGAGGAGCACCACAGAGAAAAAACCACCAGCUCAACGGCGCGAACCUCCUGACCAUGGUGUCCUGCUAUCUCCAACUCAUCACCAUCUACGACGCCAUCUUCGGACAUGUGCUGCUCGAAGCGGCGUUUGCCAUGACAAGGAGGUCAGGCGGGAACAAUAUGCAGCAUGCCUUGGCGCAUGCUAUGCCUAUUGAUCUUUCUAGGGGAUAUCAUGAUUUUGGGUAUGAGCAACAGCAGUACGAGGUGAAUCACUGGCAAAGAGCUGGCUUGCUAGCUCGAAUGGUGGAUGGGCAGUUGGAGGGGGUGGAGAGGGCUUUGGGGUUGCCGAGACAGUAUUGCGUUUCUUUGUCGAUGCAGACGGCCGCCGCUGUGGAGCAAGGGUCGCUUUCUGGACGUGAGGCGAGAGGGUUGCUUGGGGUGAUGCUGGGCGGGACGGCAACGGGGGUGAGGUACGAAGGGGAGAUGAUGGGGGAGGGGUUUGUAGCUAAUAGUGUCGAGCAGGAGGGGGGGAAUAUGGUUACUAUGUUGCGGGAGAAGCUGGGGGGGCUGUUGCAGGGGUUGGAGGGGGGUGGGUGUUGA